AUGCGUCUUGGCCUGACUUUAUCGCUCGUCUCAUCAUUUCAAAUCUUCCAGCAGUCAGUCAUCAACGAGCUUCACGAUGUUGACAAGAAGUCCAUUGUGUUCUCAAUUGCUAGUGCUGCAUUCCCACUGGGUUCGUUUUUUGAUCUUACCGCAUUGGGAAUGGCUUUCCCCUCCCACUCCCUUUCCGGAAUAGUGAAUUUCGAAAAAAGAGAUAAGAGCCAAUUUAAAUUAAGAAAGGCUUUAUAUGAUUAUGAUUAUGUGAAGAUACCCUAA